UUAAAUUUUUUUUCUCAUUUUUUUGUUGUCAAUUAGCAUUUACCCCUGAAAAACCUCUAAAAACCUCAGUUGAGUCCUGAGGCUGAAACAAACACCCAUAGUGCGAAACAACUCUUAGCAUUUCGAUAAGGUUAUACUGAUAAUCAUGUCAAGAGGAGCAAACAAGCUGGUAGAACAAGUGAAGCAAUUCGCAGAUUCUCAAUACAAAUUUAUAACUAAGCAUUAUGGACAGCAGCUUAUUGACAUUUUUGAAUUCCCCAUUAAAGUUGUUCUUUCACCUUUCACUCUUGCUUAUGACAUUGCUGGUUCUGCCCCUCGUGGCUUUGGAAUUCCCAAAUUCAUCUCUCAAGUUUCUUAUUCUGCCAUUUUUGUAGUUGCUACUCUUGGAACUUGGGAUAUCGCGUUCGAGCUAGGGAAGAAGGUGAUAUGUCAAAGAGAUUGCCGAACUUGUAAUGGAUGGCAGGCAUUACAGUGUACUAUGUGCAAAGGCACCGGGGAGGUACGCUAUCAAGUGAAAAAUUACACCUUGAAGAGUGGAGAAAAAACCACAGCUGAGUCUGUUGCAGAUGCAAUUGUCAAUAAUCAAGCUGAGCUGUUUCAUGUUCCUUCUGCCCUUGAUUUCCAUUCACCAUUGCCAUCAAAGGAUUGUCCUACUUGUGAUGGAACAGGUGUGAUGAAAUGUCCUGAAUGCAAGAAUAAAUUACAGAUUCGGAUCUCUGCUGAUGAUAUUAUGGAGCCUCCUUGGCAAGCUUAUAAGGUCUUGAAGAAAAUGGACUAUCCAUAUGAGCAUAUUGUCCAUAGCAUGAAGGAUCCAAGCAUUGCUGCAUUUUGGCUUCUUACCAUGCCACAAAUUGUUGGUGGAUUCAACUUUGAUGAUGAAGUAAAACAGAAAAUCUGGUGGCAGUACAAGGAUUCAAUGCGUUAUGAUCAAUUGCGAGAUGUGGUGGCUCAACGACAGCCUGGAUGGGAAUAUUUGCAACAGGCUUUAGUUUCACUUGAUCCUGUCCGUGCUAGAGAUGAUCCUGUCGUAGUAAAAAAUGUUCCUUACUACAAGGCAAAAAAGGCACUAGAGAUGGAAGUCAUGAAGAUAACUCCUCCUCCACGACCAAAAAAUUGGGGAGAAUUAAAUCUUCCAUUAGAUGCAUCUUCAUGGAGCAAGGAUGACCUUAAGGAUCCUAAGAAACUGUAUGAGAUGACUGUUCUUCUCAAUGCUCAAAGGGAGAUUGCUGAAAAAAUUUUGGAUGAUCAGUGGGAGACAAGAUGGCGACAGAAUAAGUUGAAUGAGAUGCUGGAUGAGAAGGUGCGACCUUAUAUUCAAAAUGCUGAGAAGGUUGGUCUCUCUCCACCAAUCGUCAUGCAUCCAGCAGCUGAAGAUAAAAAGGGAUCAAAUCUUCCAUUAGAUGAAUCUUUUUGGAGUAAUGAUGACCUUAAAGAUCCUAAGAAACUGUAUGAGGCAACGGUUCUUCUCAACGCUCGAAGGGAAACCUCUGAGAAAAUAUUGGUUGAGCAGUUAGAGGCAAAAUUGGAACAGAAUAAGCAGAAGUCAAGGCCACGAAGAUGGUGGUUCUUUUGAUGGAAGAUCAUACAAACACAGUGUUGUAUUUUGAGAGACUGCUUGUUGCAUCAGGAGCCUGUUAGAUACUUCUAUUUUCUUAGAAUUUUCAUUGCCUUUUGUUCAUUCAAAACUUUUUAAUCGCCAGAUUGCAUUCUGUUUCAAAUGUCUUUAUAUUCUGAUAGUUAUUGGUCGUGUAAAUCGAAAACGCAAUAUUUUUUCUUUGUUUCGACUUAGAAGAGAUCAGAUCAGAUCAGACUAGUCUGUCAAUUUCGGCACAAAA